GUCCUCCGAUUGAAAGCUCUAUCUUUGUCUUGAGUCCGCCAGCCAGCCAACGGCGACUUGCUAGCCGCCGCCGCCGCCGCCGCCCCCAUGCUCCGCCUCCAGAUGCACCCUCUCCCGCCGCCCCGCGCCACCCUCCACGCUACCACGGCCACGCUCUCCUACUCUCUCCACCGCCGCCUCUCUCUCUCCGCCUCCGCCACCCCAUUCUCAACCGAGGAGUACCUCGUCGCCACCUGCGGUCUCACCCGAGCGCAGGCGCUCAAGGCGUCCAAGAAACUCUCCCACCUCAAGUCCGCCUCCAACCCAGACGCCGUGCUCGCCCUCCUCUCCGGCGUCGGCCUCUCCCGCCCCGACAUCGCCGCGGUCGUCGCCGCCGACCCGCUGCUCCUCCGCUCCAGGGUGGACAACGUCGCCCCCCGCCUCACCGCCCUACGCGACCGCCUCGGCCUCUCCGCGCCGGAGAUCGCCAGCUUCCUCCUGGUGGGCGCCACGGCCCUCCGCUCGUGCGACAUCACGCCCAAGCUCGAGUUCUGGAUCCCCUUCUUCGGCUCCUUCGGCAAGCUCCUGCAGACCAUGAAGAGGAACAGGUCCAUCCUGACCACGGACCUCGAGAAGGUCGCCAAGCCCAACAUAGCGCUGCUGGAGCAGUGCGGGCUAAGUGUUUGUGAUAUUGUCAAGCUGUCGACGCCCUGUUCUAGGCUGCUGGUGUUCAAUCCAGAGCGGGUGAAGGCGUUUGUGCUGCGCGCUGAGAAGCUUGGCGUGCCCCGCUCCUCGUAUAUAUUCAAGUACGCGGUGGGUGUCGCGUGUUCUAUCACCGAAGACAAGGUCGCCGCGAGGAUGGAGUUCUUGAGGAGCACUCUUGGCUGCUCCAUGGACAAGGUGCGCAUUGCAGUUCGGAACAAGCCCCACAUUCUAGGAAUAUCCGAGGAGAAACUCCUUCUCAAGAUAGAGUUCAUGGUCGCUGAGGUUGGUUUGGAUCCAGAGUACAUUGUUGAGAGACCCAUGCUAUUUACCUACAGCCUGGAGAAGCGGAUGAAACCCCGGUAUUAUGUUGCAAAGAUCCUUCAAGCUAAGGCACUGAUGAAGAAAAGUGUCGGCUUCCGGCGAUUAGUUGGCUAUGGUGAGGAUAAUUUCAUUGCAACAUACAUCGACAGUCAUAAGGACACUGUUCCCGGGCUUGCAGAUGCUUAUGCAGCAGCUCGUGCUGGGGAAUUGCUUCUGAUUUCCAGCUUUGUAUGCAGACAUUGAAGGUUCAUCCUAUAUCUCAGCUCAUAGCUAGGCAGCUAGGAUUGCACAUUGUGCUUAGUUAUGCAUUAGUGAAUACUUGUUCACGGUAAUGCCUUAUUGAAGCAUGUUUGUAGUUCAGGAAAUCAUGUUUUUAGCCGCAGAACUAAGGCAAUCUGAUUGCUCGUGAUGUGAUCCAUGUUUCAGUUGUGGUUUCUAUGAAGCAACUUGAUUGUCUCAGUUUUUCACUUCUAGAAUUUAUGUAUCAUAGCUUCCUGUAACUGAGAAAGUGGUGUUCUUACAGCUA